AUGUCGAGCGAAGCUAGCCUUGGUACUCAGCACAACACUCCCCAUGUGGAGUCCUCCAAACGAAGACACUCUACUGAUGCCGAUCUUCUGGCUGAAAUGGCGUGCCUCUGUGCCGAUGUUACCAAAAUCACAGAGAAGUAUGAUCACCUUCGCACCAAAAUGGUGAAUUUGAGCAUGACUGCCAUACCUUGA